AUGUCGCUGGUGAGAGCAAAUGAAGACAAACAACGCGGUAGUUCUGGUGGUACAGAUGAUGCUAAAUGUAGGGUAGAGACAGAAUCGAUACUACCCUUGAAACGACCGAAGAAACGGUCAUAUUUUUUCACUCCGGUAAAUAACAUUACUGCUGCAUCCAAGCCUUUGCCUUUGUCUUCAUCAAUCAACGCAGUGGUCAAGCCAAUUAAUCCCAAUACUCUACAUACCCACACUCCUCAGCCUGUCAAGGAAAUUAAGGCGGCGCGAAUGGGAAAUAGCCCAAAGCGCCCUAACAAUGGUAAGGAGGAGUUGAAGGUUGUUACAGGAAAUUCAGAUGAUAGCUUUGAUGGGAUUCUUUGGCGAGAGAGUCCCGUUGCAAAGGUUGGAGCUUGUGGGACACAUGUUAAAAAUAAAAAUAGGCUAGGAGAUUUUUCCUCGUCUCCAAUGAAAACGUCUAAUAAAGUAAAGUCGGGUGCUCCUCAAACACCUGAGGUAUUGUUAAAGUAUGGGAUCAAUUUUCAUGACGGGUCGCUGCGCUCUCCUCGCUUAACAAAAACAAUCUCCGACUUGAGCAGCAAAGAAAGCGCUUUUAAAAAGUCGACUUCAACUCCACCUAGUUUGUAUAGAACCACAUCUGCACACACUGCACAUACGAAAGCCUGUGAAUCGUUAGAAGGGACUCUAAGUUGCUGGAUGCAGAAGCUCGAUGGAGGUAGUGCUGAUGCUGAUGCUGAUGAUGGCGAUGUUGAUGUUGAUGAAAACGAGAAAGAGAAGAAGCAAGAUUCACCACGGAGGAGUGAUCAUAUGAAACUGCUGCCUCUUAAAAAAGUCACAGCUUGUAUAACAACAAGCGAUCCAUUUUCAGAUGACGACGAAGAGGUACUAGAUCUAUUAUCUAAUCAUUAUACGAGCGAAAAGGGCAAACAAAAGCAGAUCACAGCUGUCAACUCGGCUCUACACUCAUCUCCCUUGAAAAAAAAAGAUGAAGAUUUGUCUGAUGAUCCAUUUUCGGACCAGGAUGUCGAGGACUUGGUUGUGACCUUAAAUGAAAGGUCAAAAGAUUAUUCAAAGUACAGCAAAUCUUUUCAAGCAGGCAUGAAAAAGUCAGAGAAUAACUCGGUUUUGGAUGGAAAAUACCAUCAACAAUAUGAAGAAUUUAGCGAGCUUGUAUACGGCAGGCCAGAACUACGUAGGUAUAAAAUUGUUCUGUUAACUGAGCAAACAUACGGUCAUGAAGAAAGGACUCAGUACAUUGUUCAUGUUGAAUGUGCUGAGGGCACAAAAACUGUCCUUAUAGUGAGAGGAGAAUAUUGCGAGCUUGAAUUCCGAGAAAAUGACGUGAUCCAUCUAAUUAUUACUGAUGAACAGAAUCCUAGACUAGUUGACGAUACUCACAAUCUAUUGAUUUGGAAUCCUGAUGUAUUGCUCUCUGCAACUACUAUAGCCCAGCAAAUAAACUGUCCACGUAAGUCGGUUAUAUUAUCCAGGUAUAAAUUUCCAGGCUCAAGCUCUAUACCAAUAAUUGUAGGGGAGAUUGUCCACUUUAUCUUCCAGGAGUGUAUGGCAACGGAAACUUGGACAAUAGAAUUCAUGAAUGAGGCUUUUGACAAACUAAUAGGCCAAUACUUGAUAAGCUUAUUCAGCCUAGAUUCGGAUGCGCGGCACUUGAAGGAGGAAGUAUCUAAGCACUUUUCCUACUUGGAAACGUGGUUUAAUAAAUAUUACAAGAAAACACAUAAUCCUUCCACUUGGAUUGACAAUACAUCUGAGCGAGAUCGGGUAAAAUUUACAGCUGAAGAGGUUUUGGACAUAGAAGAAGAAAUCAAAUCCCCCGUUUAUGGUAUGAAGGGCAAAAUAGAUGCCACCAUUAUUGCUAACUUGAUGAAUCCCAAAGUCAAGGGAAGGUAUUUGCUACCUAUGGAAAUAAAAACCGGCCGGGAGUACACUAGUCAUAGUGCACAAGCAACCUUAUAUGCAUUAUUGUUUAAGGAUAGAUACAAUUUAGAAAUCAACUCAUCCAUCCUUGUAUAUACAAAGGAGGAGAUUACCAAGCGGUGCAACAUCAACGCACCCGAUCUUCGAGCUUUAGUCAAUUUGAGGAACAAAGUAUCCCAACAUUUUUUGUCGGGACAAACUUUACCUCCCUUGAUGAAACGCAGUGUGUGCGAAAGAUGCGAGAUUCAAGCGGCUUGUAUGGCAAUAAAUUAUAUGGUAGAAGAUGGAAAGAGAGAUGAGGCUGGCAUUGAUGAAGACGUCUAUGACAACCUUACCUCUAGUAUAUCUAACGCCGAACAUAAGGAGUUUUUUAAAUUGUGGGAUAGAUUAAUUGCUCGAGAAGAGGAAUUUCUGAGCAAAGCAGUGAAACGAUUAUGGACUAUUCCGUCGAAUUUGAGACAAAGCAGCGGUAGGUGUCUUGAUAAUCUAAAGAUUGUAGAGUCUACAGACGACACAGAUCUGAUUUUUUACUACUCCACUGUUCGUGGGGAUAAAUCACAAGCAAGACGUUUUACCUAUGUUUUUGAGAAAGAUGACAAUAAAGAAACAUUUGAUUUUUUAUCAUCAAAGCUAAACGAAAACGAUAGGGUAAUUAUUAGCGAUGAGAAUGGACAUUUUGCAAUUACCACAGGUAUUGUUAAAUCUAUAUGUUCCAAUCGUGUUGAAAUAAGUACCAGGAGGAGGAUUAUUACACAUGAUCACAAAUUGGCAAAUUUCAAUGAAAAGAAUAACCAGGUGUUGGAAAGUUUAAUUAGGGGAGAUACUCGUAAACCUCAGAUUAGCAAUAAGAGGUUUAUCCUUGACAAAGAUGAAAUGUUUUACGGUUUAGGUUUGGCUCGAUAUAAUAUUUUGAGUUUGUUUUUGGAAGGAACCCUGCCAUGGCUACGUCAACUAGUUGUAGAUUUGAAAGCCCCUACGUUUACGAAAAAAAAGGAAACGCCAACGCCAACGCCAAUGCCAAAAACAAUGGCAAUAAAACACAUUAUCGAAACGUUGAAUCCAUCUCAGCAAGAAGCGUUUGAAAAAGUUUUAUCUGCUAAUGACUACUCCUUAGUUCUUGGUAUGCCAGGUACUGGUAAAAGUACCCUUAUAGUAGAGCUUAUACGGUAUAUUAUCAGACAAGAAAAGACCGUGUUGCUUACUUCAUACACAAAUUCAGCAGUUGACAACAUCUUAUUAAAACUCAUUGCAAGCGGAGAGGGUGCUGAUUGUAAUGAUCUAAAGUUUAUUAGGAUUGGUCAUCCUCUGCGCGUGCACAAGGCACUACACAAGUAUAUUCCAGACUAUGGUGAGCCUAUCCAAACUCAUUCGCAAUUUGAGAACAUUUAUGGUACUCCAAAUAUUGUGGCUGCCACUUGUCUUGGUAUUAGGGAUGCCUGCUUCAAUAUACGCCUUGAGUUUGAUUACUGUAUUGUGGACGAGGCAUCGCAAAUUACCCUUCCCAUCUGCCUCGGUCCAAUACAUUUUGCCAAAAAGUUUGUUUUAGUUGGGGACCAUUUUCAGUUGCCGCCAUUAGUCUUACAUCCAGAUCCGGAGGUUAAGCAAGGGCUUUCUCAAUCAUUAUUCAAAAGGCUUGCUGAAGCUCAUCCGACAGCAGUUAGUGAGUUGAGUCAUCAAUAUAGAAUGUGUGAAGAUAUCAUGCAAUUAUCGAAUAUAUUGGUCUAUGAAAACAAAUUGAAGUGUGGAAAUUCACACAUUGCAAAGCAACACUUACGUGUGCCAAACCCACGAGCCGUACUGAGGUAUGCAAAAGAAGGUAUCCUAUCAGAAGAAGAACAAUGGAUGGACAAGAUUCUUGAUGAAAACUCUAAUGUGCUAUUUCUUGAUCACGAUCGUCUUGAAGCUCGAGAAAGUGUACGCGGUGAGGCAAUACAGAAUUAUACUGAAGCAGAAUUGAUAAGACAAAUCGUCAAAGCGCUCCUAUUGUGCGGCGUUGAUGAAAAGGAAAUUGGAGUUAUGUCUUUUUAUCGAGCACAAUUAGAGCUCUUAAAAAGGAAGUUAUCAUCCAGAAUGGACUUGGAAAUACUUACUGCAGAUCAGUAUCAAGGGAGAGAAAAGGAAUGUGUUAUCAUUUCACUAGUUCGUUCAAAUGAUGCAAAUAAUGCAGGGGAGCUUUUGAAAGAGUGGAGAAGAUUAAAUGUUGCCGUGACCAGGGCAAAAUCGAAAUUGAUAAUUCUUGGUUCAAGAUCAACUUUAUCAGAAACAGACACCACAAGAACUUUUAUUGACUUUUUGGACCUGAAGGGCUGGUAUUAUUUGCUUCCCGUAGGAGCUGACAAUAUUUACAACUUGCCCCAAACAGCCAAUAGCUCUCCAAAGAAGGAUGUAAAAAAGCCGUCCAAUUUCAUGAGAAAUAAUCCAGUAGUUCGAAACAUUAUUGAAAGCUUAACCAACUAA